AUGGACCGAAUAACAUCUGCAACAUUGGAGAUUGAAGCAGAUAGAGUGGCACAUUGUGUAUUGGUUAUUGAUGGUGGAACUUUGGCUGAUGUAGAGAAUGAUUCGACUUUAUUGACUGCAUUCCUUGAAUUAUGUAUACUUGUGGAUUCAACCAUUUGUUGUCGUGCAAGUCCAUCCCAAAAGGCGAAUAUGGUAAGUGCGAUUAGAAAUUUACAGAAGAAUGCUGUUACUUUAGCAAUUGGAGAUGGUGCAAAUGAUAUUGCUAUGAUUCAAAGUGCAGAUAUUGGUGUUGGUAUAACAGGAAAAGAAGGAUUACAGGCUGCUAGAUCAGCAGAUUAUGCAAUUGCACAAUUUAGAUUUUUGUUGAAAUUAUUGCUUGUGAAUGGGAGAUAUAAUUAUAUUCGUACUUCGAAAUUCGUCUUGUGCACAUUCUACAAGGAAUUAUUAUUUUAUUUGACACAAUGUAUAUAUCAACGAAAUACCUUAUUUUCCGGAAGUUCAUUAUAUGAAAGUUGGUCAUUAUCGAUGUUUAAUACCUUGUUCACUUCUUUACCUGUGAUUUGCAUUGGUAUGUUUGAUAAGGAUUUAAAACCAGCAACAUUAUUAGCAGUUCCUGAAUUAUAUUCCAAAGGAAGAUUAUAUCAAGCUUUUAAUCUAAGAGUAUUUAUAUCAUGGAUGGUAUUGGCGACAUUGCAAAGUGUGGGAAUUUCAUUCUUGUUGUAUUACGUAUGGGGCUUCACAGCACUUCGUGAUAAUACUACUUUUGCAUUAGGAUCUAUGUCAUUUGCCACUUUAGUUAUUGAGUAUUUACGUUUUACAUGGGAAUAUCUUUACGUUUUGGCCUUGACCAAUCGCAAUGCAUCAUUUAUUAUUUCAGUUGGUGGAUUCGGUUUAUGGAAUAUUUUGAUUAUGUUAUUGUAUCGGACCAAGCAGUCUCCGAUCUAUUUCGUGGCAUAUGGAUUAUAUACCUGGGGUAGAGAUCAGAGUUGGUGGGCUGCAUUGUUGGUGUUGUUCACUAUUCCUUUAUUGUUUGAUAUAUUGAUCAAGGUUGCUAAAUUUAUGUUUAGACCUAAUGAUGAUGAAAUAUUCCGAGUAUAUGAGAAAGAUAUUGAAUUGAGAAGAUAUUUUGAACAAAUUGCGUACAAUGAUUUAAAACAAAGUUGGACAUUCCCCAAAGAACCUUCAACCACUUAUAAGCUAAUCAAGAAGGUUUUCAGGACAAUAUUUUGUCUUGGAAAAGAAUCACCAGUGAUGCCACCACCACAGCAUCCUGAUUUGUCCAGUAUCAAUAGUCAAAAUGAGGAAGAAGAAGACAAUUAUAGUGAAAUGCAAUCGGCAGUUCAUAGAAAGAGAGCAGGAACCAACCCAAUGCCAACCGAAUUACCACCCAGUGGAGAGGGAUCGGCAAUUGCAUGGUCGUCAAGUGAUUAUAAACCACAUGUCACGAUUGUUGAAGACGGAUAUGAGGUUUUGCCAAGUGGGAAACGAGUUCGGAUCAAGACAGGCAGUUCAAAAUGGAAUAGUUUUUCACAAGCUUUUAAGCGGGAUAACGAGGAUGUUAAUGCUAUUAUCGAUGCGAGAUUGAGGAAUUUAGGUGAGGAUGGGAGAGUUAUUGAGACAACGACUGAGACACCAGCGGCUCCUCAUCAUGGGAUUUUGAAGAAGAGCUAA